ACUAUGGUGUAGCGUAGCUAUAGCUUCGGUGCGGUUGUUGAUCGGUAGGCCUGGCUUUUACUGGGGUUUAAUUGAACUUUGAUCAGUGUACAUAAGACUAGACAUAUAAUUUGUACAGUAUAUAGUAUCUGUGAUUAUACCUUGACUUACAUACUUGGAAUACUACUGGUCUAAUACUGCUUAUAAUGGUGUCAAGGAUUCCAUUCGAUCCGAAGGCGUGUGGUCUCGGUGAGGACUUCAGGCUAACCCGGUUCACCCAGCUGAAAGGAUGAGGCUGCAAGGUCCCUCAGGAGGUACUGCUCAAACUCCUAGAGGGGCUAGAUGUUGAUGACGUGGUUCGAAAGAAACCGUCUGCUGCUGGGAAAAUCUGUAUUGGAAUGGACUCUGCUCUUAUACCAUUAUCUAUACCGGGUUUAAAUUUAAUACAAACUACAGAUUUCUUCUACCCAUUAGUUGAUGAUCCCUACAUGCAGGGUAAAAUAGCGGCAGCAAAUGUUUUAAGCGAUCUGUAUGCCAUGGGAACCACCAAGUGUGACAACCUCCUCAUGCUACUCGGAGUCCCCAAGACAUUUACAGAAAAGCAGCGUGAUGUUGUUGUACCACUAGUUAUCAAAGGGUUCAAGGAUGCUGCAGAUGAAGCAGGAAGUCAGGUGACUGGAGGUCAAACAGUGGUCAACCCCUGGUUCCUUGUUGGAGGUGUGGCAACUGCUGUCUGUCACAAGGAAGAGUUUGUAAUGCCGGACAUGGCGGAAGCUGGUGAUGUGCUUGUUUUGACCAAGCCUCUAGGAACCCAGAUAGCUGUGAAUGCCCAUCAGUGGCUGGAGGAACCAGAUCGUUGGCAGAAGAUUAAAGAUGUCAUCACGCCUGAGGAAGUUGAAUGUGCCUACCAGGAGGCAAUGUUCAAUAUGGCAUUUCUCAAUAAACAUGCUGCAAGUUUGAUGAAGAAGUUCAACGCACAUGCUGCAACAGACGUCACAGGCUUUGGAAUCCUUGGGCAUGCUAAAAACCUUGCACAACAUCAAUCACAGAAGUUGAAGUUUGUCAUUCAUACGUUACCAAUUAUUGCCAAAAUGACGGACACAGCCAAAGUAUGUGGAAUCAAAUUCCAACUUCUACAAGGUUAUUCAUCUGAAACAUCAGGUGGUCUUCUUAUUGCAAUGCCAAGAGAAGAUGCCGAUGGAUUUUUGAAGGAAUUUGAGCAAAUAAGUGGCAAUUCCGCUUGGAUUAUAGGAUCCGUUGAAAACACCUCUGACCCAGAUGCUACUAUAACUGACAAUCCAAAUAUAAUUGAAGUUAAAACAAAAAUAACGUAAAAAAAAAUACCUUGGCAGCAAAAUGUGAGAAACUGAAUUGGAAGUGAGUGGUGGCAAGAAAAAUUGUUUGACUAAACCGAAAAGGCCAAAAGAAGAUUGACAGUAUACUAGACUUAGAUGUUAGAUGUAUCACAAACAACCAGAUGUUGAAAAGUACAGGUUCUUUAUAGUCAGGCUGACUAUAGUUAACAUUAUAAGACAUAUGUAACAUCAUCAAUGCCGUAGCCAAGAUUUUCAAACAGUGCGGGACAAUAUCAGAGUGGACCCACUUUAAGCAUAAAUUCAAUAAUGUGGACCCAUUUUCUUAAAAGUUUACUCAUUUUAUGCAAAAAUAUGAAAAAUCUGGACCCAAUUUCUUAAAAUUUUUCUCAUUUUAGGCUAAAUAUGAGAAAUCUGGACUCAUUUUUCAAAAAGUGGACUCAUUUUACGCAUACAAUUGCACAAUUUAGACCCAUUUUUUAAAAUGUGGACCCAUUCUUUGUGGGACUGUCCCAAUAGCUGGCUACGGCAUUGAACAUUAUCCCUUUACAUUCAGUGUUAUUGUCUUUUUUCUAGUGUCCACUAUGCUGCUACGGUGCUAGUACUGCCUGACCAAUCAUUCAAAUUUCUUUUUACCAUGCAGUGUUUACAUUUAUAAAUUUAGAAGAAACAAAAGUAGUGCCAUUAGUGGACUCAAAAAAUGCCUUCAGGUCACAGGUCAAAUAUUUUUAUCAUGCACUUGUUGCUUUUUUGGUUUAUGUUAUUUCCAACAGUGCCUUUCAAACCUACACUAAUAGCUUAGCAGAACUUACAUUUUAUGAGUGCUGAUCAUAUUUUGUGCAUUGGGGCUUCACAAUCUAUGUUUCAUUCGUUAAAGGGAUUUUAAUUAAUUAUAAUAAAUAGUCUGCAAUGCAAACAAAUACUUUUUAAAACUUUUAUUAACAUAUUGCCUAAGCCUAUAAAAUUGAGGCCUACAGAGUAAGGCGAUUGUACAUAUCACUACACAAAAAAAAAUACAGGCAUUCCAUUUUAUAAAAAAUUAUCUUUUUACAAAUAUUCUGUGGCAUGUGCAAAACUCUGUUUUUGACUACAUAAUGUAGAUAUAUAAAUAAUGUAUUUGAUUAUCAGGUGCUCUUUUCAUUACCUUAAAAAUAAAAUAUACAGAAUAUUAUAAUAAUAUUACAGUUCAGGAAUCCAUAAAAUUUAUAGCAUAUAAAGUUCAUGACCUAAUGAAAGAUAGGCCAAACAGCAACUGAAUGAAACUGUGUUUAUGAAUGCGAAGUUGUGCAAUUUAAUGGGUGUAAGUACUUUAAAAUCUAGAAAUCAGUAAAAAAAAAAAUGCUUUUAACGACCACUUUUGGGACUGGCGUGUCCAUGGUCUUUAGAAGCUUUGGUCUCUAAAUAGAAUAACAAAAUAAAAGACAUUUGUUAAUUUUGGACCACAGUGGUCUUAGAUGGGUCUUUAAUUAGAGGGAGACUCCACAAUACCUCUGUCAGCUUUUCCCUAAUGUCUGUUAAAAAUUGAGCAGUUUGACUGACAUUCCGGGAAGGCUUCAGUAAGGAAAACCUGGUUUCGUUACUUGUGGAAUCUUUGUAAUGAUAUUCCCUUAGGAAAUCAAAGUUUGAACUUAUGGAAUGGAUGUAAUAAACAUUUCCCAAGUAACGAUCUCAUGUUCUUAAAAUGAUUACAAAACAUAAUUACAAAAAAUAUCUAAUAAAAAAAAUCAUACCGUUA